AUUUAUUUUUUCCACAUUUUCAAACUUUAAAAUGGGUCAAUUUUGACACGUAGGAUGCCAUUAGGGUUAAAAGGGCUAAACGACGUGCGUUUCUUUGAACAUUAUCACCAAACUAUUCAAAUUAAAUCUGAGAAGUCUGGACUGCACUCAGAGAAUCAGAGGUUAACUUCCCCUCCAGUAAAACACAUUUUAUCUCAACAGAUUUUUAAAUCAUGCUGCAGACAUUCAGAACUUUAAACAAUGUUUCUCCCUGCGUUGUUUUCUCUCUAUUUCUGAUACAAGGUGUAGUUUUCCCAAACAUGAGGAACUCUGGUUGAGAGGGGGAGGAGGAGAGGUGGAGUUCUCUGGUCUGGUCUGGGAUAAAGGAGGUGAAGCUGCAGGGAGACGCUGACAACAAGCUACUACAGGAGGCCGGACUGGCAGCAUAUGUGUAGUUUAUUUGUUAUUAUCUGUAGUUCUUGUGCAGGAGUGUUUUUGUGCUUCAUGUUGGUGCUUUUUAGACCAAGCAGUAUUUCUAAAUCUAACGCUGAAAGUAUUUUUGCAGCAGUUUUCUUUGUAGAAACUGUCCCAGCAUCUUAGCAGAACAGAAGCAGAGUCCAGUAAGAUGCAGAACUACGAGGAGUCGGUGUCGUUUCUGGGGACCUCCGGCCCAUUCCAGAGGAGAGUCUUCGUCCUGCUCUGCCUCACCUCCAUUCCCUGCGGAUACAACAUCCUGUCGGUCAUCUUCCUGCUCGCCAUCCCUCCUCACCACUGCCACAUCCCGGCCAGCAGUAACCUGAGCCAGGACUGGAUCCAGGCCAGCAUCCCGGUGCAGGUCGCCGGGCAGCCGGAGAGAAGCAGCUGCAGCCGGUACAGUCUGGAUGUGGUGCAGAAUCUGUCAGCUAUGGGCUUCAGACCCGGCCUGGACCAGAUCCAGAACCAGUCUGUGCUGGGAUGGAGUCCAGAGGUCGUCCUGUCCGGCCUGCAGCAGGAGGGAUGUAGAGACGGAUGGACCUACAGUACCGAGUACUACCAGUCUACGGUAGUCACUGAGUUCGACCUGGUGUGUGGCAACGAGUGGAAACAGCCUCUGACUUCCCUCGUCUACUUCCUGGGAGGACUUUGUGGAUGCUUCAUCUCUGGGCAGAUCUCUGACCGGUUUGGGAGGAAGCCCGCUCUCUUCGGUUCCAUCGCCAUACUUAGCAUUUUCAGUGCUGCAGCGUCUUGGGCUUCCUCCUGGCUGGUCUUCACUGUGCUGUUCUUCAUUAUGGGAGUGGGUCAGAUCGGCUGUUUCAUCGUCAUAUUUGUGUUGGGUUCAGAGAUCCUAAUCGGUCCAACCAGAUUUCUCUUCUCCCAGCUGGGCUUAUCUUCUGUCUACGUUUGUGGUAUGUUGCUGCUGUCUGGGACCGCCCACCUGUUCAGGAACUGGAGAUACCUGUCGCUGGCCAUGGCCGCACCCGGACUGGCAUUUAUCCCCUUCUGGUGGUUGGUUCCAGAGUCUCCUCGCUGGCUGGUGUCUCGUGGACGUUUCCAAGAAGCAGAAUCUCUGCUGAGGUUAGCAGCUCUGGAGAACCGAGUGGAAGCUCCACCGGUCAUCUUCCUCUCAACCAACGUCGACAAAGCUGAAAGCCAGAAGGCAGAAUCGGUCAGCUUCCUGGACCUGCUGAGGACCAAAAACAUACGAAAUAUUACAUUGAUGUUGUGGCUCAUCUGGUUUUCUAUGAAUGUCUGCUACUUUGGAUUGUCCUUCGACAUGUCUAACCUCUCUGGUAACCCCUACCUGAACAACUUCCUGCUGUCGGUUGUUGAGAUCCCAGCGUUCGCUGCCAGCUGGGGGGCUGCACGGCGUCUUCCUCGCUGCCAGUCGUUUAUGAGCUUCGUCAUGGUGGGGGCGAUAGCGCUGCUCCUCAUCCUCUUCACUUUACACAGUCAUCCGACUCUCACCCUGGUCCUGGUGCUGCUGGGUAAAUUCGGCGUCCUGGCCGGCAUCAGCGUGUUGUACAUGUACACCGGAGAACUGUUCCCCACCGUCGUCAGGAACACGGCCAUGUCGUCCUGCGCCAUGUUCGCCAGAGUGGGCUCCUCGCUUUCCCCUUUCCUGCUGCACCUGGCUGUGUUCGGUCAGUUCCUGCCGUGGAUCCUCGUGGCUUUUCUGUCAUUUUUCGCCGCUCUGCUCUGCAUUUUUCUGCCCGAAACCUUCAGACGGCCGAUGCCCGACACCAUCCAGCAGAUGCAGCGUAUACGGCGGUUCAGGCUGCCAUGUGUCUCCUCCACACGUCCUCCAAAGGAUGAUGGGAAAUCAGCUAAAGACCAGAUUACUGUGCCGGACAUCAUCUGCACAACUCGCUUAUAAGAGCAAAUUGUGCUCUUAUUAACUGUUUUACAAACUAUUUUACAGAGUUUUUUCCAUUUCUUGAGGACGGCGCUGUGUUUCUGUGUCCACCAGCUGGCCACUUGACAAAACCCUGCAGAGGCUCUGGUGAUGCGUUCACUGACACCUAAUGAAUAGUACCAAUAGUUUGUUGUUUUUACAAUAAAACAGAGUGCAGCGAGACAGCUGAGAAAAAUAGUGCAGAUCUUCACUAAGAAUACACAUGAGCGAGAAAAAUCACACAGCAGGGAAGAUUUAGUUUAUGGAUUGAGACACUGAUGCAUGUCAAACCUCAACACAAACACAAAAGAAAAGCAUAAAUCAGAAAGACCAAUGCAAGGUGAAUGUUUCAAAUCACUCUGCCACAAUAUGCAGCUUCAAAGCAAACAUUUAUUUGUGACAUUUCAACAUGCAGAAGGGCUUUUAUGUGUGAGAGAAUCUUUGUGGAAAUGUUUGGAAAUGCACAUCUCUUUUCUAUGCACCUGUCUCAUGAAAUAGAUCUGCUAAGAGUUCCUUUGUCUUGUCUUGUGGAUGUGAAAGUUGAUUUGGAUCUGAACGGUGUCGCAGCAGCGCUACAAAAACUGCAACUUGAAUUUUAUUUGCGUAUAUAAAGAAUGUGUGGUUUUGUUUGCACCAGUAUGAUGAGAACAGUGGUAAGGUUGUGUAUAUAUUUUGUGUGACGUAUGAAUUAUUAAAUCAGAAUUAAGUAA